AGGAGUUAGCUUUCGAGCAUUAUUGGGCCUAAGUAAUUAACAAUUAGAUUGGCCGGCCCAUUAUAAGCCCAUAGUGGAAUAAUCGAACUAAUACGGUCUUAGUAGAAGAGCAAACCCGGAUCCGGUCCGAUGGUCGUUCGCCGGCUUUCGGAUCUCCUGAAAUCUCUCAGCAGCACUACCACCGCCUCCGCCUCCGCCGCCGUCGCCGCCGACGCUGGCGAUUCAUUAGCUUCAGGGAGGAUUGUACACGCCAAAUCCAUCACCCUCGGCCUCCACGCCGACCCAAUACUCUGCCGCGCCCUCGUCGGCUUCUACCUCUCCUUCGACCUCGCGCACCUCGCCAUCCGGCUUCUCGACUCCGCCCCUUCCGACGACGUCUCCCCUUGGAACGCCUUCCUCUCCGCCUGCUCCAAGCGCCACCUCCACGCACAGGCUCUCCGUCUCCUCCGCAAGCUGCUGCUCCUAUCACCCCGUCUCAAGCCCGACGCCUUCACCUACCCUAGCGCACUGAAGGCUUGCGCCGGCCUCGGCGCCGCUCUCGACGGUGAGUUCCUCCACGCCGGGGCUAUAAAGCAUGGCUUCUCCGCCGACGUCGUGGUGUCCAGCUCUUUGGUCUAUAUGUAUGCGAAAUGCCAUCGCUUUGCGUCGGCAAUCCAGAUGUUCGACGAAAUGCCACAAAGAGAUGCAGCGUGCUGGAACACAAUCAUGUCCUGCUACUACCAAUCCGGGCAACCGUCCAAAGCCCUGGAGGUGUUCGACCAAAUGACUCACUGUGGGUUUCAGCCAGACUCGGUCACGUACACCACGGCGUUCUCUGCUUGUGCUCGACUUGCAGAUUUGGACAGGGGAAAAAGAGUUUACGAGGUGCUGAUCACAAGCGGCUUCGAGUUGGACGAUUUCAUUAGUUCUUCAAUUGUCGACAUGUAUGCCAAAUGUGGGAACUUGGCAACUGCAAGAGAGGUGUUUGAGCAGAUUCAGAGCAAGAGCGUGGUCUCCUGGAAUUCAAUCAUCACUGGGUAUUCAUCGGCUGGUGAUAGCUGUAGGGUUUUGGAUUUGUUCGCAAGGAUGAUAGCACAAGGUAUUAGGCCUACUUCGAGUACCAUAAGUUGCUUGGUAAUGGCUUGCUCAAAAAGCUCCAAUUUUGGACAAGGAAGGUUCAUCCAUGGCUACAUUGUUCGGAACUGCAUCACAGUUGAUGUUUAUGUUGCCAGUUCACUUGUAGAUCUCUAUUUCAAAUGCGGAAUGACUCAGUGUGCAGAAUAUAUCUUUGCCAACAUGCCAAAAUCAGAUGUGGUUUCAUGGAAUGUGAUGCUGUCAGGUUAUGUGAUGACUGGAAGCUACUUUAAAGCGAUCGAGCUCUUCCAUGGCAUGAGCUUUUUCGAGACUGUACCAGAUGCUAUAGCCUUUACUAGUGUUCUAUCUGCUUGUGCUCAAUUAGCAGCUCUUGAUCAGGGCAGAGAGAUCCAUAAGCAAAUAAGGGAGAAUAGUUUGGAGAGCAAUGAGACAGUCAUGUGUGCACUUCUCGAUAUGUAUGCAAAAUGUGGAGCCAUCGGAGAAGCAAGAGCUGUUUUUGACAAGUUAGCUUCGAAGGAUGUCUUGUCGUGGACUUCCAUGAUCAUGGCCUAUGGCUCCCAUGGCCAGGCCACCGAAGCUCUGAAGCUCUUCCAUGAAAUGCAGAAUGUGAAAGUAAAGCCGGACCAUGUCACAUUCCUUAGCCUACUCUCCGCGUGCAACCAUGGAGGACUGGUUAUCGAAGGCUGUUACUAUUUUAAUCAAAUGAUGAAUGAAUACGGAAUAAAACCCCGCGUAGAGCAUUACUCCUGCUUAAUUGAUCUCCUAGGACGCUCCGGUCAGAUAGACGAAGCGCUUAGUAUACUGAAGAACACACCUGACAUAAGGGCUGAUGCAGGCUUAUUAGGCUCAUUGUUAUCUGCUUGCAGUCUACAUAAGAACUUGAAAGUAGGAGAGGAAAUUGCUAGUCUUCUUGUCAAAUUGGAUCCGGAUGAUCACUCUGCCUCGAUAACUUUGGCUAACAUGUAUGCAUCAGCUGGAAGGUGGGAUGAAAUGCGCCAGGUUCGCACAAGGGUGAAAAAGAGAGGGCUAAAGAAGAACCCUGGGUGCAGCUGGAUUGAGUCUGAAAAUACAAUUCACCAGUUCUUUGUGAAAGAUGACUUGCAUCAACACACUAAUCUAAUAUACGAAUGGCUAGGAUAUCUUUCACUGCACAUGGUGGGCAAUUCUGAAAUGCCAAUGGCCCUGCACCGAUCUUAAACGUUGGUAUUAUACUAGUAUUUACACGCGAAAAGCAAAUUUUUUAUUAUACCUUGAAUUAACUGUAAAGAUGAUUCUUGGCGAGGAUGAACAUUCUGCUCUUGACAUGAUGAGUCAUACAGCUUUUGUGGUUAUUCACUAGUCUCUUUUCAGAUGCUAGCCCAUUGAAAUUGAAGAGAUUAGUUCCAAGGGA